GGUGCCUCCCUCCGCGGUCACGGCGGGGCCGCCGCUGCCACGUCAGGGGAGUUUCCCGAGGCGAGGCGGGCUGGGCUAGGCAGGGCCCGGCCUUCCUCCUCCGCCUUCUCCUCCUCCGCCCCCUGCCCCGGCCCCCGCUGCCGGACUUCGUCGCGGAGGGAGGGAGCGAGCGAGCGAGCCAGCGGUGCCCGCUGCCAUGGAGGCCCGCUACAACCUCAAGAGCCCGGCUGUCAAACGUUUGAUGAAAGAGGCCGCAGAACUGAAGGAUCCUACAGAUCAUUAUCAUGCACAGCCUUUGGAGGAUAAUCUUUUUGAAUGGCACUUUACUGUUAGAGGCCCUCCAGAUUCAGAUUUUGAUGGAGGGAUUUAUCACGGGCGAAUAGUACUACCACCGGAAUAUCCCAUGAAACCACCCAGCAUUAUUUUGCUGACGGCCAAUGGCAGGUUUGAAGUGGGGAAGAAAAUUUGUUUAAGCAUCUCAGGGCAUCAUCCUGAAACAUGGCAGCCUUCAUGGAGUAUAAGAACAGCUUUACUAGCCAUUAUUGGAUUUAUGCCAACCAAAGGUGAAGGAGCAAUAGGAUCUCUAGAUUAUACACCAGAAGAAAGAAGAGCUCUUGCAAAGAAGUCACAAGACUUCUGUUGUGAAAUGUGUGGCACAUCUAUGAAGACAGCCCUCUUACCACUAACAUCCGGAAGCGUGUCAAGCCAGGCAGACAAGGAGGCUAAGGAACUUGCAAGACAAAUUAGCUUCAAGGCAGAAGUCAAUUCAUCCAGGAAGUCUGAUGCUGGACCCUCAAAUGUGUCAGGACUGAACUACUCUGCUGCUUCACGUGAGCCCCAGCAGGAUGGUGCAGCUAGAGCAUUCCAGGAUCCAACAAGUGCGGCGUCUGAAACUCAGAAUAGCGGUGCAGCGUCUGGUCAAGAGCAUACUCCGCCUGCGUCCACCAACAUGUCUAUGAGCCCUCGGCAGCGCCGUGCCCAGCAGCAGAGUCAGAGGCGGCCUCCAUCUUCAACUGACUUCAAUCGGGUACAGCAACCAAGAGUCAACAUGAACCACACUGGGUCGACUGUUCUGAUUGUCCUGCUGACUUUUGCAUUGGCAGCUCUUAUAUUUCGUAGAAUAUGUUUGGCUAACGAGUAUAUAUUUGAGUUAUAAGGUUGUUUCUGUCGUAACAGCGGUGACUUGAAUGCUUCAUUGAACAUUCUGUAUUGGGUAUGACAUGAGAACUGUUUACAAAGGUUACUUUUUGUAUUUACGCUUAAAUCCUUAUGAAUGUUAAUGUACCUACAGAUACAUUACUUGUAAGAAAAGCGAAGUUGGACAUUUAACUACAACAAGUGUUAAUUGAGUGCCCACUAGAUACUUGGAGAACGAGUAUGGUGGAACAGUAACGUUAAGGCAUGUGGGGAGGGGAGUCAUUUUAAGUAAUUUAUCAACUAGAAAAAGACAAUUUAAAAAUUAAGUGGUUGAUUCACUUUUUUUAUGGAACAUAAAUGCAAUUAAUCACUCCAUCGAAAUUAGUAUAACAUUUGACAAGGAAUUCUAAAGUGAAACACGAAUAUGUGUUUGUGUCCAGUGACCUCUUAAUUUAGAGGGGGUACAGUUUUGUAACCACUUUUAUUUACCAUGACACAUUUCUAGAGGGAGAGCACAUACAAAUUGGUUGUGAUGCUGCUUUGUGUGUGUGAAAGGGAGAAAGGAGUAGGGGAGGAAAGAAGGGGCCAGUAAACUACUUGCAUUAUUCUGAUUUUUAUUUUUUGGAAGAAAGAUUGGAUAAUCUUUUGCAAGAUUUGAAUAUCCUCUUCCAAUACUCUCAAUUGUAUAUCUUGUUUUUUUAAAGUUGAAGGUUAUAUAAAACAUGUCUAUUCUUGCAAUAGUUAUAAAUAUGUAAUAUAAUUAUUUACCCAGAGCUAUUGUCUUUUAAUUAUACCAGAAUAUACAUAAUGUGUUGAACUGAAUGUUUCAUGUGUGGUUUUAAUUACUAAAGAAAAUUUAAACCGUAUUAUACUUAAACUCUCAUCUAUAUGAACAUGCUUAAGAGAAAUAUUUAUUAAAACCUUGGUAGUAAUAAAGAGUUUCAAGCCAGUCUUCAGUUAUGUUUCAAGUAUCACAUGGCCUUUUGUUUGGUUGGUGGCUUUUUUUUUUAGUUUCAGUUUCUUUUCAAAACCUAAAAUCAAUAUUGGACCCAGAGGCUUUCUGCAUUAUUAGUUUACUAAAAAAAUAAACAAUUGGUAAUUUUCAUGAAUGCUGUGAAAUCACAUAUACAAGCAGUAGACCUACAAUUGUAAGGGUUUUGGGAGGUUUUGUCUGUGAACAUUUAAGUACUGCAGUGAAGUAGAAGAAAGCAAUCAGUGGGAUAAUUUUCCUCUUGUAUUAUUGUUCAGAUUUAAAUGUAUUCUAGCACGUUUAUUUCAAAGACAAUGAAAUUUAGCUAACUUUCAUUACGUUGCUGUCAAACCUGGUAGCACUGACUUAAGUGGGAUUGUCAUCCUGUUUCUCAGCAAGUAUUUAUCAGGCUGCCUGCAACUUUCUAGAAUUUUGUUAAGUAUAGAGUAUGUAUUAAUGUUUUGAAACAUUGAAGUAGGUAAAAUAACAUCUAAAAUUAGGAAAGCCCAUUUUGUGUCUAAGGCGAAUGUGGAAAUUUAAAAAACAAAUCAAAACCAAAACCCACAAAACCUGAGUUCUUUUUUAGCGCUUCUUCUGGGUUGUUGAUAAUCUUGUUUGCAGGUACAAUGGAACAAAAAUCAAAAAAUAGUUUUGUUAAGUUCAGACAAAAGCGUGUAGUUUGUUCAGCCAGUUCAGCAGUUGCUUCCACAUUCUGCUGCAGAACAAUUUGAUGUCAGUAUUUUAAUUGAUGUGGUUUUACCUAAUUUGUAUGUUUAUUUCAUUAGAAAUUUAAAAAAGCCAACAGCAACCAGAAAAACCGUCACCAAAAUCCCCCCAAAACCCUCUCCAGAUCCUGUAGCCUCUAAAAUAAAAGUACGAGUGUUUCCUAGUUGGUAUGUUGCUUGAAUACCUGCUCUGUUCAAAUAUUGCAAACCUGGGCUCACAGAAGAGGGUUCUGGAAGGGCUCUGACCCAAAAGAAAACUUUGCUGGAUUUUGACUGCUCUGCUGUGAAUGUGCUUUUCUUUCCCUGGAGACUCACUGGUCUGUGCCAAGCAAACUUUUGCUCUCCUACCUGUACCACGUGCUGGCUAUUAAAGCAGCCAAGUCUUCUGCAGAGAGGCAGCCUACAUCGCCCUUUGGGCUAGCAGAAAAUAAGAUUUGAACGGUUCUGAAAAUGGCCUCCUCUUUGUGAUUAAAGAAAUAGCUGCUUUGUAGCUUUUCAUUUUUAUUUUCAGACUUCUAUUAAUAAAAAAAAGUUAAAAUGCCUGAUUGUGCAAAUACCUAUUUGAAAAAUUAAAUAUUAAUGGUGACUUGA